UGUAAUGACUAAUUCUAUUGUACAGAAAUGCAAGCACUCCCCUACACACAGACUGUUCAUUUUCUGCCAUAUUUUCUCUCCCUAUAGGAAUGGCUAAUGCUUUGCUCACUGCAGUUCCUCCAGUGUUUGGUCUGUAUUCCUCCUCCUACCCUGUUCUUAUUUACUUCAUUUUUGGAACAUCUAAACACAUCGUCUCUCCAGGUACUUUUUCUAUCCUGUCCAUCAUGGUCGGUACAUUGACUGGUGAUGCGGUGUUGCCAGGCAGUGGAGGGGAGGAAGAUGAGGAGGCUGACAGGACUAGAGUUGCCAUUACAUCUCAAUUGUCCAUUCUAUGUGGACUGAUACAGAUUUACAGUGGGUACAAAUUUGUCCCCAAACUAGCUGUAAUAAUUGUGUAUUUCUGCAGAUUCUACUCUGUGUUGCAUUGUGGAGGAGUGUGUCAGUGGUUGUCUCAGCCAUUGGUCAGUGGAUACACUUUUGCAGCUGUUGUCCAUGUGACUGUUCACCAGCUGCCUUUACUGAUGGGCAUCUUCACAGUCAGACACAGAGGGGUCUUUGCUGUGGUUUGGGUGAGAAUGAGCUUUGUGUAUUUUAUCUUAUGCCCUCAAUAUAUCUCUGCAUUACCAGCAACACUGGUUGUUUCUCUUGUCUCUCUGGUGAUACUUGUUGGCGGAAAACUGCUAAAUUCACGCUGGAGCACUCGAUUUCCCAUUCCAUGGGAGUUAGUACUGGUGGCAUGUUCCACUCUAUCAUCAAUUCAGUUUGAUUUGUCUGAUCAGUAUGGAAUUCAGAUCAUUGGACCCAUGCCAACGGGUCUCUCACUUCCGUCCUUUCCAAGCUUUUCCUUUUCCCAAGAGCUGUUUAUGGCAGCUCUUGCACUUGCAGUGGUGGGCUAUGGUUUCCAAGCCUCAUUGGGCACGAUGUUUGCUCAUAAACAUGGGUACCAGUUUCACAGCAACCAGGAGCUGCUGGCUAUGGGUCUGUGUAAAUCUGUUGGAGUGAUGUUCCAGUGCUUUACAGUGUGCGGCUCAAUGUCUCGUAGUAUGGUGCUGGAGAAUACAGGCUCAACUGCUGAAGAAAGGGACCAAACUUCGGCAGAAUCAAUAGAAUUAUCUGUGCAGAUCCCAGAGAAGACACCUGAGAAGGAGAGAUCAAGGUCAUCAUGUAAGCAACGUGUGUGUGUGUGUGUGUGUGUGUGUGUGUGUGUGUGUGUGUGUGUGUGUGUGUGUGUGUUUCAGACAGUCUUGGCUGUCAUAAUUUUGUUGAAUCUGCAUGGGAUUUUUGCGCAGGUAAACGUACCAAAACUCUGGAAAACAGACCGAUUAGACCUGGUUGUGUGGGUUGCUACACUGCUCAGUGCCUUGGUGUUUAACCUGAACCUGGGGCUUGGUGUUGCAAUAGUGUUCUCUCUCUUUAUCAUUGUCUUCAGGACACAACAGCCCAGGUCGUCCGUUCUUGGGCACAUUGCUGGCACAGACUUUUACUAAGACCUGGAGAAAUACUCAAAGGGAAUCCAGGUCCCUGGAGUGACUGUGUUCUGCUGCUGUAAUCCACUUUACUACGCCAAUGCAGACCAAAUCUUCACAUCACUUAAACAGGCAGUGUGUAAAGGUAAAGUGGAGAAUCCCACAGUAUGUCCUUUAGAUCAAGAGGGGGCUUGGAGUUCACAGCACUGUGUUAUUCUAAAGCUCAGUAAAGUCACCUUCAUUGACUCUGUGGCGGUGUGCUCACUCAAAACAGUUAGUGGCACAAAACACAAACACACAUAGCACACGUAAAAGUGUUUAUAUGUAUAACCGAAGAUGAACAGAAAUAUGUUAGCUGUUACAGACUCUCUUUAACCAGUAACUUAUUAACUGUAGUUUGUUUUCUGGAUGUCACUGUGUUCGUGUUUGAAUGCAAACAUGUGUGUCUUACUGUUCUCUCUGGUUCAUAGGUGCUUCAGGACUUUGAAAACAUGUAGACCUCAUUUCUCUGUGCCUCAUGUCCAGGUUAUUAGUACAACUCAUGUUGAAAAUGAAACGAAGCUUCAGUGCAGCCUUAAUCUUUGUUAUGUUCAUGACAGAGUAUUUAGUCAUUUACACUUUCAUUUUUAUUUAUAAUAUAUGCUUUUUUUGAUCACAUUUUAUGCUUCUACAUUCAUAAUUUCCCCCUUGGGGCCCCGGGGUAGAAUAGGUCCCUAGCACCCCCUUGCUGUUCGUAAAAGGCGACAAAUGGGGUGACUUGUUGGCCGUAAGUGGCGACCCGUGUCUGUGGAAGAAGAGAUCCUGGCAUUUGAGGAAUGUGGGCAGUUGCGACUCCCCCAGAUCCAACAUAAUGCUUUGGCUCUAAUUUCAUAUAGACGGGCGGUUGGAGAGGCCUGAUCCACUCAUGUGGCUGGUCAUGACGUGCCCUGGGCAAUUACUGGCAUUUAAAUCAGCCACAAUGACAUUUUUCCCUGAAGGUGGUGGCUUAGGGUCAGUCAAACAAUUUGAGCUUUUAGCUCUUAUUGCAAGAGUAUAUCUUUCAUGUAUCCUUGGUGCAUAUCUGCUGAAGUUCUGCGGCUCUGUGCAUCCCUUGUUGGGCUCAGAGGCAGGUGGGGAGCAAGAAUUAUGAAAUAAUACAAAAUAAAUAUGGCAAACAAACUCCCAAAAGUUGGGUACUUGAACAGAAUUCGGAUGAUGACUUGAAUGCUAGAUAUGUACUUUUUCCAAAAAAUGGAAACUGGGAGAGAUUUAUAAUUUUAGAAUCUCAAU